CCCCUUGAUGAGUGAGUGUGGAGCUGUGGCUGCCAGCUGGUGGCAAAGGCACUUCUUGUCCCCAGCAUCCCCUCAUUGUGCGAGGGAUUCAUUCAACCUGCAGCCCCUGUGACAGCGCUCAGCUGAAAAAGCUUUGGCCAUCGAGUGGGAGAAAAUGUGAGACAUAAGCAUCCUCCUCGCCGCCUUUCCCACUUCAAGAACUCAAGGGAGCAACACUGCGACAAAAGAACACCUUCUGUUUAGCUCACGUCAACCUUGACAGCGCGCCUCAGUCCCACACGGCUGAUGAAGUGAACCUGCUGGAUAAAAUGACUUCCCAUGCACAGGACCUCAGCAAUGUUUCCUUCAGCUCCGAUGAGGCCAAUUGCAGCACACUGCAGAUCGGGCAGUACUCCACCCUCAGCAUUCCAACACAGGAGGUGUUUGGGGACAGGUUUGCAGACGAGCUGAGUGUGCUGAUGAAGCUCAGGUACUCAUUACAGGAGGACACCAGCCUGGUGACCAUCCUGAGCCAUCGGAGCCAUGUGCUCUUCCAGAUCCGGGUUAGCCCAUAUGGCUUGAUCUUUGUCACCACAAGGAGGAGACACUAUGAGUUCCCUGUUUCCCUGCUCAGUGAUGGGCGCUGGCAUAGAGUUGCUCUCAGCAUCUCCCAGGAGAGCCUGGAGCUGUAUGUGGAUUGUCGGCUGGUGGAGAGAGCCAGCUGGCCUGGCUACCUGGGGAUGGGUGUGAGCACCGAGGGGCUGCUCGUCAUCGGAGGUCUGGUGGAGUCCUUUGAGAUCCCCUUUGAGGGUGCUCUGCAGCAGCUGACCUUUGUGAUGGGGGAUGCAGCAGCAGCUGGUGAGCAUUGCCACAACCACGCUGUGAUAUGUGCACGCUCCUCUGGCAUCAGUCCUCCUCCAAGGGACCACUCUGCAACAAGGCCAGAGGUACCAAAAGAAACCAAUGAGAUCCAGGGGUCAUCAACUCAGGAUUCCAAACACCCCCAUUCAGAUUUGACCUUGGGCCCACAUUGGACAUGGAAGGGUGCCCAGGAGACCCUUAGCCUGCAUCCAGAUGGGAACGCCCGGACUUUGUUCUCUGCUGCUGAGGUGCCAACAUCUGAAGAGCAGGAGGAAGAAGAGGGAAGCCUUUCUAUUGAGGAUGAAGGCUUUGAGCUGUUGAACUUCACCUAUAAUAAAAUCACUGGCCCUGGCAGGCCAGGAAUCAGCAGGAGCAGACCACGGAUCAUUGGCAUCCCCGGGCCAUCAGCCAAGAAAGAACAAGCCUCUGACCCUGGGCAGGAGGAUAAUGUCACCACGGAGAAGCUGAAGGGCAAUGCAGACACCCACCUUCACCUCCCACCCAUCAAACCUGGCGGUGCCACCAAGCCCAUUGCCUCCUCCAAAGUGUCCCCAUUGAGACACCAGGCAGCUGCACCCAAGGGUUCCUCAGGGGUGGUUGCAGGGCAUCCAGAGCAUCCUCACACCCCCCUGGGUCACCCCAUCUUGCCAUCAGUACGUGGAUAUUGGGCUCAUGUGAAGCCAGGACCCCCAGGGCUGCCGGGACCUCCAGGGCUGCCAGGAUGCCCUGGGAGACGUGGACUUGUGGGCCCCAAAGGAGACAAAGGUCACGCUGGAGCCAUGGGGCGGAUGGGACCCCCAGGUGACCCAGGUCCUAUGGGCAUCCCUGGCAUCCCCACUGUUGUUCUAUGGAGGAACUCCCGUGAGGACUGGCUGAGCUUCACGCAAUCAUCCUUUUACCAGCUGCUGCACUCUGGCUGGCCGAGAAAACCCGGAGCCCCCGGCCCUCCAGGGCACCCAGGGAAAGCAGGCAUGCCGGGGCUGUGUGGAGAGCCGGGAGAGCCGGGGCAGAAGGGCCAUCGGGGGUACAUGGGCAAACCAGGGCUGCAGGGCUGGCCAGGUCGUGCAGGGCAGCCUGGCUUGGAUGGGUCCCCUGGCUUGGGGGGCAGACCUGGGCUGUGUGGGCUGCCUGGUGAGCAGGGGCUGCAGGGCUUCCGUGGGGACCGGGGGCUGGCUGGUGAGAAGGGAGAUGAGGGCUUCUUGGGUGACCCUGGACCUCCUGGGGAGAGAGGCGAGAAGGGAAUGAAGGGGGUGAAAGGGGAGAGUGGCCUGCCUGGUCCUGCUGGGGCUCACGGGAUGGCAGGUCUGAAGGGUGCGAUGGGCUUCCAGGGCCCUGCUGGGCCAGAGGGAGAAGGUGGUUCAGUGGGUGCCUCAGGCCCUGCUGGCCCCGUGGGCCAGCCAGGCCAGCCAGGCUCUGUAGGGUGCCAAGGAGUCAAUGGCUCUCAGGGAGAGAUGGGUCCUCCUGGCUUGCCUGGCCCCCGUGGACCCAAAGGGCCACAGGGCUUGCAGGGGCAACGUGGCCCCCCUGGCCUGGGGGGUGUGCAGGGUUCUGCUGGGAUGGAGGGAUCCUCCGGUCCCAAAGGAGACACUGGCACAGAGGGGGUCCCUGGAAUGAGAGGUCAACCAGGACAGGAGGGACUUGUGGGGUUUAUUGGCCUGCCAGGGUCCAAGGGCAUCCAAGGAGAGAAGGGCUGCCGGGGUCCCAGUGGAGCCAAGGGAGACCUGGGAGCUAAAGGAAGCAAGGGUCUGCAUGGAGCACCAGGAGCUGUGGGACCCCCAGGGCUGCGGGGCCAGAUGGGCUCAAUGGGCUUCCCUGGACCCCGUGGGGCAGCGGGACCACAGGGACCUGAGGGAGAAGAAGGGCAGAUGGGUCCAGUGGGGCUGAACAGCAGCGAAGGACCGAAGGGAGGCCGAGGACCCGAUGGCCCCAAGGGAAUGCCAGGACCACGGGGUGCCAGGGGCCGUGGGGGCCAGCGUGGACUGGUUGGAGUCCCAGGAGCGCCUGGCUCAAAAGGCAUCCCUGGAGCAGAAGGCACAGAAGGAAAGCCUGGUAUACAGGGUCCCCCCGGGGCUGUGGGCAGCCCAGGCAGGAUGGGAGCACCAGUGAGUAGAGCUGCUCGUCCUUCUGCCUCUUUACAGUCUAUCCACAUCUCUGUCCUUCUUCUGCAGCUCCGUGCCUGGCUCUGUGCCCUUGGGGUUGUGCUCUCAAAGGGUUUCCUAACACUCACUCUGCUGAGGAGUUUCUCCAUUCCCUGUGCUUCUGUGUUUGUUCUCCCUCUCUGUCUGCCAUCCUCAUGCUCCUCUCCCUUUCAUCCAGAGCUCAUCCUCUGCCCUUCCCCACAGGGCUUUGUUGGUGUGCAAGGGGGCAGAGGGCAUGCAGGACCUCCUGGACCCACAGGGCCCCAAGGAAAACCUGGAGCUGAUGGAGACCAGGGUUGCAUGGGUCCAAAGGGUCUGCCUGGGAAACCUGGCUUGGAGGGACCACAGGGGCCAGUCGGCAUGUAUGGCUACCCAGGACUGGCUGGAGACCGUGGGAAGCCAGGGCACAGGGGACAAAAGGGAGAAGCUGGAGCCCGAGGUCUACCAGGAUUCCCUGGAAAAGCUGGUCCCAAGGCCCCACCAGGCCCCCCCGGCCCACGAGGUGCUCCUGGCUCCCAGGGCAGAGCAGGAGAGCCGGGUCCUCGGGGGCUCCCAGGGCUGCGGGGAGCUCCUGGUGUGCGGGGGCUGCAUGGCGUGCCUGGGAAGCCCGGCUUAGUGGGGGAAAUGGGAGCACCUGGAGCAGCAGGGGCUGCUGGCCCCCCUGGGUACCCGGGCCAGGAAGGUCUGAGAGGACCCGAGGGGCCUUCAGGGAUGCGAGGCGAGCAGGGUGUUCCAGGGGAUCCCGGUGAAGUUGGUGUUAGUGGGCUGGAUGGUGAGCAGGGACCACCAGGACCUGUAGGAGCCGAGGGGCGACCAGGGCUUAAGGGCCAGCAGGGUGAUGCAGGACCUCGUGGAGCUCCGGGCGUCAGCGGUGCUUGCGGGGAGCGAGGGGAACGUGGGCCAACAGGGCUGCCAGGGGGAGCUGGGCAGCAGGGGAAGGAGGGGGAUGUUGGUGAUGCUGGAGAGCUGGGUGAGCCGGGAUUACGGGGACAAAAGGGAGAUGCUGGACCACGGGGCCCAACUGGAGCACCGGGACUGGGAGCUGCACCAGGGGAGGAUGGAGAGAAAGGUCGCAAAGGAGAGAAGGGCCGGGAGGGGCUGCUGGGCCAGCUCGGUGUCAGAGGUGCUGCAGGACCUGUCGGAUCCCAGGGACGCUCUGGUGGGACGGGGCUGCGAGGCCCCCCUGGGCUCCAUGGAUUGGAAGGAGUGAAGGGUGAUGCAGGACCCUGCGGCAGGGAUGGAGCUGCCGGAGCAGCUGGGCUGGAGGGACCUGCAGGAGAGGAUGGAGCAAAGGGAGACCGUGGCCAUCCUGGCCCUAUGGGCUCAGUGGGUGCACGUGGGCAGCCGGGUGGCCCUGGCUUCAAGGGCUACAUUGGACACAGAGGAGCUGGGGGAGCUGCAGGAACACGGGGGCAGCCGGGCAGAAAGGGUCCUAUUGGGCCUCCAGGCAAUGUUGGAGUGCCAGGGGCUGGUGGCAUUGAGGGCCUCAUGGGUGUUAAAGGGGAGCCAGGCACAGUGGGAGAACCAGGGCACAUGGGCUCUCCAGGACAAGCUGGUCCCCAAGGGCAGAAAGGUCACAAAGGAGAAAAGGGUGAUGUGGGGCAGGAAGGGCCAGAAGGAGCUGCUGGAGAAGCUGGCAGACGGGGCAAGCGAGGCAAGGUGGGGCACCGGGCCCAUAGGGGACCCCGCGGACCCAAGGGCCAUCAAGGCGACGAGGGGCUGGCAGGGCCCCAGGGACUACAAGGACUAUAUGGCAUCCCUGGGCUGAAGGGCUUCAGAGGAGACCCCGGACACAAAGGACCCAAGGGUGAGAAGGGCAGCAGGGGCCACCUGGGGCAGCCAGGGGACGAUGGCUUCAAGGGCAAGCACGGACCACAGGGCACUCCUGGGCAACCAGGGCCCAAGGGAGAGCAGGGUGACACUGGCCCCCCUGGCCCACGGGGUCUGCCUGGGCUCCCUGGGAAGCUGGGCUUGCCAGGACAGAAGGGACUGAAAGGUUUCCCGGGUCACCCAGGCACCAGGGGCAAACCAGGACCACCGGGGCUGGCUGGUCCCCCUGGUCCCAGCGGGCCAGCACUGAUGUUAUCUGAGGAGGAGCUAUGGCACCUGAUUUAUCCUGUCGACUGCCUGAACCGUAGCACAGUGCUGGACCUGCUGGACAACAUGAGCCGUGAGCUGAGAGCUCUCGUUGAGCAUCCUGAUGGAACCAAGGACAAACCUGCAGCCACCUGCAAGGAGCUGCUGCUGGCCCACCCCAACCUGCCCGAUGGGCAUUACUACAUUGACCCCAACCAGGGAAGCCCUCGCGAUGCCCUUGUGGCCUUCUGCAACUUCACAGCAGGGGGUGAGACCUGCAUACCCCCCGUGCACAACCAGGUCCCUAUCAAAGCCUGGCUGAACUCCUACACCUCUACACACAGCUUUGAGUGGUUCAGUGCUCUGCCUGGGGGCUUCAUGCUGGACUACACAGGGGCCAGCGUGGUGCAGCUGCGCUUCCUGCGCCUGCACAGCCAUAGGGCUGCACAGAAGGUCUCCUAUUCCUGCCGCCCCAUUCCCCACCACCGACAGCCCCAGAAGGAAAUCCGCUUUCUGGCUGACACCCGGGAGCAGAGCUACGUGGCCACACUGCAGGGCUGCCUGCUGGACAACGACUCCUCCAUCACUGACACCAUCUUCCACUUUGUGACGGAGGAGCUGACUCUGCUGCCCCUACGGGACCUGGCUGUGUUCCACGACGGCGAUGCCUCGCACCAAUUUGGGUUCACCAUCGGCCCCGUCUGCUUCAGCUGAGAGUCAGGCAGGGCUGGCCCUGAGGUGGGAUGCUGUGUUUGUAGCUGCGUUAUGCCACGGACUACACCUUCUUCUGGAGUAGAAGAACAUUGUUUACAAAGUCAUUUCUCUAUAAAUUAUAUAUAUAUGUAAUAUAUAUAUAUAU